AUUAACCAACAGGAGAAGUACCACCCUCUGUGCGUGCAAUUAACAAUGGCUUCCAUGUUCUUCUCGACAACUCCAGCUCUUUUGCGCAGUGACAUUACAAAUUCAAUACCCAAAUUUUCACUCGUAAAAUCGAUUUCUAACGCUAAACGCUCGAAUUCAAUUGCAGCUUCUGCGGUUCGAAACUACGAUAAUUACAAAUCGUUAACUUUUGAGCUUUCCAAAGACGGCUCCAACGUCUUGAAGAAGCUUUUGGAUUCAUGCUUUGUGGUUUGUACUUCAGUCGCCUUGUCGGUUUGCUUAUUCGUGGCUGAUGUUGAUUCGGCCUCGGCCUUUGUAGUCACUACGCCAAGGAAAUUGCAGACCGAUGAGCUCGCUACAGUUCGUCUAUUUCAAGAGAACACUCCUUCAGUUGUCAACGUCAUUAAUCUUGCUUCUAGGCAGGAUGCUUUUACGUUGGAUGUGUUGGAGGUGCCCCAAGGAUCGGGAUCAGGAUUUAUAUGGGAUGUUCAGGGUCAUGUUGUAACGAAUUAUCAUGUGAUUCGGGGUGCAUCUGAUCUCAAGUAAUUUCAAUACUGCUUCAUGUUUUCUUGUUAA